AUGGCGUCUGAACAAGAGGGCCCAUUGACCAACCUUGAUCCCAACAGAAUGGCAUCUGACCAAGAGCAAGAGCCUCUGAAUACGUCAUCAACUGGAACUUCUUCCGACAGUAUGGUGUCUGGUGAAACGGACAGAUUGACCGAACCCAUUGAUCAAGAAUUGCCAUGGGAUCAAGUCCUUCAGUCGACGGAGCCCGGCAUUCGAGAAACCGCAUCCGAAUCAAUGAACACAUUGCAAGAGUCUGGCUAUCAAACAACGACAACUGACCAAGAGUCCAACCCGACAGAUCAGGGUACCAACAGUGUGGCAUCGGACCAGACCUCUCAUGAUCAUGACCACCCUAGAGAUCCAAGCUUGAGUCCACUGCCUGUGGUUUUGUUUCACUUAGAGUCUGAGACUCUAUCUCAUGAAGACGCGCAAAAUUUGAUCGACUUUGCAAAUGGACUUGUCAGCGACGUGACCAUCUCAGGUGUUGGAGUCAGCAUUCGUCACACACAAAGUCCAAUGGCUAGAGCCUCAUCAGGUCCAAGAUUUGACCGUACGAGCUUUGGCUACGAAGCGUACAGUCAAAGAUACCUUCAGGACGUUACCAGAGUUGAUCCGAUAAAAACAGAAGACGAUGAUGAAUGCAUCAUUUGCCACAGAGAUGUUAGCGAAGUACGUCUCCACUUGCUUUCAUGCGGACACCGCUCCUGCAGAACAUGUCUGAAUCAACUGGUGUCGAUAUCGACGCAGGAUAUGGGAAGUUUUCCUCCGCGGUGCUGCUUCAGUGCUAUCGAUGUCGAGGAAUACGAAUACCUUCUGGACGAUAACGUUAUCGAGCAUUUCAACCGGGUGGUGGAAGAAUUUUCUGAUCAAAGCCGAUUUUUCUGCUCCAACAUGCGUUGCAGUGCUUACAUCAACACAGGUCGGCUCCAGCUCGCUCAGGGAAAGUUUGUCACUUGUCACAAGUGCGGCCUGGAAACUUGCAAAGAGUGUAGGCGAGGCGCUGACGCUCAUCAAUGUCCGCCGCCAGAAGAACCCAUGGAUCCUGCUUCUCGGGAGUUGUUCAGACAGAGAGGCUACAAGCGAUGCCCAGCGUGUGGGAUCUACUGUGAACGAGCAGGGGGCUGUCCUAUGUUGAGAUGUCGGUGUGGCCAAUCUUUCUGUUUCAGCUGCGGAAGACCCUCUCGAACUGGCGACAGUUGUAAUUGCUUUCCACUGGAAACCUGGGAUGCUCCUCAUAUGACCUUGACAUCGAGAGAUCCAUUUGGACCACGUCGCGUCGAAGGGAGAGCAAAUUUGGGGGCCAUGCCCCAUUGGUAUCCAGCACUAUACCAACCCAGCAUGACCACCGUCGCAGAGGAACGAACCAGCGUCCCCCAACACGAACAACGCCAGUUCCAAGCACAACCACCACCGACCCAACCAACCUUGUCCGUUGACAUCAUGAACCAACCCGUGAGUAACGCUGUUCGUUACUAUCCUGGGCACACAGGCGUCAGCCUCCCGCCAUCAAGGCCUGUCCACCCGUCUGGCCCUCCGAUGGCUGAACGGCAACCGCCUGUACCUAACAGAGAGUUUGGGAGUGUGGGUGUCAGACAUCAAAACAGUGCGAGGUCGAUACCAGAAGAUGUUCGAGAGGCAGAACGCCAUGUCCAACGCUGGGAGGAGUCUUUUUUCGAACCUGAGGCUCGACAAGGAGCACCAACAACAACGCGGCAACAAGCCAGAAACCAGCACCUGCCGGGUACGACGUACGCCGCGCCCAUGCUACCACAUCCACAUGUUCUGCCACUGCCAAUUCGUCUGCCACAGCCAGGUUUCCCGACAUUCCAACCUGACAAUGCGUUCUUGAAUCCAAGACGAGCCCCUCAGCCACCACGUGGCAAUUCGAGAGCCGAUCGCCCCCGGGAAGAUCAAGACACCAAUGUCUCCCCGCAAAAUUUCAACAGUGGCCGUUGA